AUGAAAAAACAAUUUGCCUCAAUACCAUCAGCUUCCCCUUCUUUAUCUGUUUCCUCUUCAUCUUUAGCAACCUCAUCCCAACCAACUACUCCAAAUGUACACUUAAAUUUAAAUGGUAGUAGUGUUAUUAAUAGUGUUUAUGGUAGCAAUGCCAAUAAUGGUUUAAAUGAUGAUACUUUAGAUAUUGAUCGAUUAAAUACGUCCGAAAGUUUAUCAGUAUCAUCGAUAAAUGGUAAUCAUCAAAUAAAUCAAAAUAAUAUUACACAACAACCUCAAACACUACCACCACAGAAUCAAGAUGAAAAUAAUAAUAGUAAUAUUAACAAUAAUAAUAGCAAUAAUACUAACAAUAAUAAUAUGAUUAAUGUGAAUAAUAAUAACAAUAUUGACACAAACAAAAAUAAUUACUUAAAUCAACAACUAGCUCAAAUUGAUAUGGAGACAUUAAGAAAUCAAGAUAUUUUAGUUAUAAAACAUUUAAAUAUUAAAUUUAUAUGUGAUUUAAUGGUUGAAAAUAAAAAGAAAAAAUUUGGAUUUUUUGUUUGUUCAUCUGAAAAAGUUGACAUGCAUCGUAGAUAUCAAGAUUUUAUUUUAUCAUCAACCCCAUAUCCAGGUGUUGAGUUUUUUGCAGAUUUUAAUAAGAAUCAACAUUCUGCUAAAGAUUUAUAUUAUUGUUGGGAUGGAAUAGAGGAUCCAGCCGAGUUAAGCUUACAUCCAGAUUUCAAAUUACCUUUAAUUCAAUGGGAGGCAUAUAAAAGUUGGGAUUUAAUUAUUUUAACUCAAAAUUAUUUUAAAUUAUUAUUAAAAUAUAUUUCAGAUGAAUCAAGUCCAUCAGGAGUUUUGGUUCAUUGUAUUUCGGGAUGGGAUAGAACACCACUUUUUAUUUCACUAUUAAGAAUUAGCUUAUGGGCAGACGGUGAAAUUCACCAUUCAUUAAAAGAUUGGGAAAUGUUGUUUUUAACAGUAGCAUACGAUUGGUUUUUAUUUAGUCAUCAACUUUGUGAUCGUGCAAAUAGAGGGGAAGAUAUAUUUUAUUUUUGCUUUUAUUUCUUAGAAUAUAUAAGUUCAAUGGAAUAUUCAAUUCAUAGUUUUAAUCAAUCAGCACAACAAACAACUCAACCACAACCACCUCUAUCAACAAAUGAAAAUAAUAAUAAUAAUAAUAAUAAUAAUAAUAAUAAUAAUAAUAAUAAUAAUAAUAAUAAUAAUAAUAAUAAUAAUAAUAAUAAUAAUAAUAAUAAUAAUAAUAAUGGAGUUGGUUUAUUAAAACAACAAUUACAACAACAUCAACAAAAAGAUGAACAAUCAAAAAUGAAUCGUAAAUCUUCAACUUCUCAACAACAGCAACAUCCAUUAGAAAUAGUCAAUAAUUAUGUUGAGAAAAAUAAUAAUGUAAAAAAUAAAUUUAAAUCAAAUAAUAAUAGUAAAAUUUCCUCCUCACCAAGUAAUUGGAAUAAAAGUUUCGAUUCACAUCAUUCAGCACCAGUCACACCACAAAAUAAUUCACCAAAGCUUUAUAUUGGUAUAAAUAAGGUUAGUGGAAAUAGCAACAAUCAUCACCAUGGUAGUAAUAAUAAUCAUCAUCAUUCAAGUAGCAGUUUUAUUUCAGCACCUUCAACACCAUCUCAAAUUCCAACACAACCAAAAAGUAUCCAACAUACUUCACCAAAUAUUUCAAGUAGUAUUCCAGUUGAUGUACCAAAUCAUCAAAAGAGAAGAGGAUCAGAGGAAGAGCAAGAGAUUGGUGGUAGUUGGCAAUUAAUGGGUUCAUUCACAGAUAAGAGAUCCUCAUUAAAUUCAAAUGGUUCAACUCCUAAAAACUUCCAUCCUUCAAGUAGUUAUACAAGCACAAGUGAGCAAAGUGAAGUCGAUGAAGAUCAUAAGAAUCAAUCUGAUGACGAAGAUGACUGUUUAGCUCAAAGUUGGGAUACUGCUUUUUCAUUUGAACAGGAUAGUCAUAAAUAUUUUGAAACUUUAAAAAAUCAAAUAAAUUCAAAAAAUAAGAAUAAUGGUGGCGUUGGUUUUAAUAAACAGCAACAACAACAACAACAAAAUAGUGUAAAUCACCAUCACCACAGUCAAUCAUUAACUUUUAAAGAAAUUGAAGAGAGAAGAAAGAAAAGAUUAAAUGAAGUUAAAAGACUUUUUAUUCAUUUUUAUCAAAAUCAUUGUUCAACUUAUCCCGAAAGUUAUUGGAAAACAAUUAUGAAUUUUCUUCCAAAAUUUGGUUAA